AUGAGCGAGGCAACUGAAGCGAAAUUCGCUCCAAAAACCACAUCAUCGGUCCAUAAUAUCGGCGAAGACAAACCACCUUUCGGUUCCAGGUUUCUUACUGAUGAAGCCCAAGUCUGGUCCCACAACGCUUGGGAUCAUGUCCCACCCCCAGAUGAUCAGGCAGAAAAAAUUGCCCAGUCUCUCAACAGGCAAAGGGCCGCGCCUGUACCUGCUGAGGAACGAUCCAAGUACAACGAUAAGCCGGCGCGUCACUGGGACAAUUUCUACAAAGCAAACGCAGGAAAUUUCUUCAGGAACCGAAAAUGGCUGUCCAACGAGUUUCCCGAACUGAUCGAAGCCACUAAACCUGGAGCAGGGCCCACCACCAUCGUCGAAAUCGGAUGCGGUGCCGGAAAUGCUGUAUUCCCACUGUUAUCCGUCAAUCAAAACCCCCUCCUGAGCAUCAGGGCGUACGACUACUCGUCGCACGCGGUCAAAGUUGUACAGAACCAUCCGCUAUACACCUCUCCGCCGAUGGGGGACAUCCAUUCCGCCGUGUGGGACCUCACUUCAGCCGCUGGCUUACCCGAUGGCUUGAUCCCCGGCAGCGUGAAUAUUGUCACAAUGGUGUUCGUCCUCAGCGCCCUCCACCCCGACGAGUGGAACCGAGCAUUGCUGAAUAUUUACACGAUGCUGAAACCAGGUGGCCUCGUGUUUUUCCGUGACUAUGGCCGCCAUGAUCUCACGCAACUGCGGUUCAAAACUGGGCGCAUGCUUGACGAGAACCUCUACAUUCGCGGAGAUAAGACACGCGUCUACUUCUUCGAACUAGACGAGCUCGCUUUGCUGUUCACAGGACGCCGGUCCGAGGGGGUAGCUCAGAAUACCGAAACCACAGAGUACGUCGACGACGUCGAUACCGUCGGUGAUGGAGCAGAGGUAGCAGCUCUGCCUGCGCCUGAAGUUAGCUCCAGACCCACUCCGGCUCUCGUAUCACCGACCGAUACCCCCUCUCCCACCCCCGGCGAACCCGAGACGACCCAACCGCCCGCUCCAUCUGUCGCAGCACCGACGAUUCAUCCCAAUUUGCUAUCCCCGUUCCCUAACCUCCCUCCACAUCCAUUAUUUUCAGCUGAACAGCUUGGAGUAGAUCGCAGAUUGCUAGUUAAUCGUAAACGCAUGCUAAAAAUGUACCGUGUCUGGAUGCAGGGCAAGUUCCGCAAGCUGGACGUAUUGAGCACUGUACCUGAGGGUGCAUAA